ACAAAUUAGGAGACACAAAUCAUCUCACAGGGCAUUGGGAAACACAGGGAGAAAGUCAAGUGAAGAGAAACUUCUUCAGAUAUGAACUGUGUUCUCCAAAUGGCUAUUUAGACAUCUUCCUAAAAUUUUAUUUAUUUUACUGCUUUGUCUUAAGUAAUAAGAAAGUAGCUACUUAUUUUUUCUUUGAAGACAACUUUGAUAAUGAAAUUGAGUGUGGGGAUAUUUUUUGGAGGCUUUUUUGCGGCUCUAGGGGUUUUGCUUUUUUUGGUGGCAUUUGGAACUGAUUAUUGGCUUCUUGCUACGGAAAUAGGAAGUUGUUCAAAUGCGCCUGAAGAUGCUGUGGGAGAGAAGGCUACUUUCCAUCAUGAAGGUUUCUUCUGGAGGUGCUGGUUUAGUGGGAAUGUAGGAGAGAAUAAUGCCAGCAUGUGGAAUUUCUGGUAUACUAACCAGUCACCUUCUAAGAAUUGUACACAUGCUUACCUGUCACCAUUUCCUCUUAUCCGAGAUGAACACAAUUCAACCUCCUAUGACUCUGCAAUCAUUUAUCGAGGUUUCUGGACAGUUCUUAUGCUCCUGGGAGUGCUUACUAUUGUGAUGGCUAGUUUCUUCAUCAUCUGUGCAGCUCCUUUUGCCAGCCACAUUCUGUACAAAGCAGGAGGAGGCUUUUACAUCAUUGCUGGUGUCUUGUUUUCGCUGGUAGUCGUGAUGUACGUCAUCUGGGUCCAGGCGAUGGCUGAUCUGGAAAACUACACAAACAUGAAAAAAAUGGAUUGCCCAGACUUUGCUGUUUACGUACGCUAUGGCUGGUCUUUUAUGCUGGCUCCUAUAGGAGUGUUUUUUGCAUUAUUAGCAGGAAUGCUGUUCAUGUUGGUAGGACGUGCCAUUUAUUUGCACUCAGACUAGUCAUACACUCCUGAAGGGAAUACAGGAAUCCUAGUGAAACUUCAUUACAGCUGUAAACUGGAACACAAUUUUAUACAUUAUUACCGUUAUGGCACUUCUAAGUGUGCAGGCAGACUUUUGUUACUUGUUAAAGAGAAAAGGACACAAAACUCAAUACAGGAAGAACACAAAACUCAAUACAGGAAGAAACCACCUUUAGUCUCAACUGAUUUUUAAUUCUUUAGAAAGUAAACCCGUGGUUCUUCGUAUUGUACUAUUAGAGGCAUUUUUGCCGUUUUGCAAACAGAGAAAGGCAAAAAUUUUCUGCAACCAAAAGCCUGACAAGAAGUGGGACAAAUCAAUAUUUUAUACAUUUGUCUUCUAAUAUCUUUCUUUUGCUUCUGCUUGUGGGGAAUGGUACAAGGUGGAGGGGAAAACAAACAUUCAGACACAGUAAUUCAAUCUACCUCCUCUCCUGUUUUCCACUACUUGCCUUAGCUUUAAUACAAGCAAACAUGCCUGCACUUUAUAAAAAUAGAGUGCAGUUGUUCAUGCAGCAUCCGUGGGAAGAGGACGAGAGCAAAGAAAAUUGCCAUGAACAGCGACCUGGUGCUAGUCUGUACAUGUAAAAACUUAACUGCUUCUGUUAGACUUUUCUCUUUUCUGUAUGCAUUUGAAAGCUGUAUACUUCUGUAUGCUGAAAUACGUGUUUGUUGCAUGAUUCUCUACACCAAUAUGCCAUAGCUAAAUCACUUGCUGAAAUUAUGCCAAAAUUGUACUUUGAAUUACAGCAUUAAUAUUUUAGUCAAGUUUUAACCCUUUUAUUUUUGAAUGGAAUAAUUGGCUCCUUCACCAAAUAUUUUCCUGGUUGUGUAAAAUUACUUUUUAUUAAAAAAAGGUUUAUUAUGAAGGCAAUAUCUAGGACAUGUAAGUGUAUGUUUUAUGUAGCCUUAAUUUUCCUAAAAUUUAAAAAUCCACAUUGUAGACCAAAUCCACCUUGCCUACUGGUCAUCCCAGAGAGAGCAAUGUGCCUAGCUAAGACAGCAGGGGAGAUAGAUUUGGUUCUGUAUUGUAGGAGUGACUGGUCCUUCUGUGUGUGUGCUCUGUGUGUGCAUGUUUGGAAGAUGGGUGAGAAUGGGUCUGUAUGCAUGGUAUGGAAAAGAUGGGGUGGAGUUUUAACAAUGGGGAAACUCUGUCUGGCCUCGGGCCCAAGCUGAAAUUAAAUCCAUCUGAGAGUAUGUUGGUUUUCACUUUGUAACUCAAUGCAGAAUAUUUGGGACUGCUGGGGAAAAAUAAAGACUGCAUGUUGGUUU